GGCCGGGUCGAUGGUGGAUAUUUGAUCUGUGACAGGUUCAUCAUUUUAUCCUCCCUUCCGUCAACAGAAGACCAACAAAAGACAGCAGACGAAUAUAAUAAAGACAGACGAGCGUUCCGGAAAUGUUGAUUACUAGGUCUGAUUUACAGUUAUGAACAUUUACUAAUAGCAGUCAAUAUUUGACUGUUUGUCAAGCGAUGCGCUUCUUUCCUCUCCGCACGUGCCUCCGUUCCCACAGAUUCACGAGGAAAAACGCGCCAGAAACUUGCAACUUGCGCGCACUUCCUGACAACCAUCGAUACAGCUCUGCCGAAUCUUUUUUGUGAGAUCACGCUCUGCACGUGCUUAUAUCUAGUGAAAUUUGAUUGUUGGUCAUUACUAUAUCGGAGUUUUCUAAGACAAGGCGGUCAAUAGCAGAAGAUAAGACAAGACACAGAACAGUAUCCGGUUCAUCAGUCGCUUUACUACUUCACGAUGUUCUCUACUUACUUUGAUAUACUACUAUAAGAGAACUUCUAUUGCACUAUAAAAACCUUGUCAUAUGAGUUAAAGGGAUUUCUCCAGGAAAAACUGGAAUAAAAUGAGGACUUUAUAUUGACUAGUGUUAGUAUGUGAAAUUAUAAAAUUUCUACAAUUUAAAUAUGGAAGUGUAUGAAGUACUCAGAUUCACCGAAAUUGUAAUAUGUUUUCUCGGAGUUCUUUGCAAAGGCUUCAUUGCGCGGGAAUCCACAACACGAAUCUAUGAUAUUAAAGAUAUAAUGGCAGUAGAGCCUAGCUUUGAUGUGCCUAUCGUCAACAUCACCGUGGUUGCUGGUAAAACAGCGGUCCUUCCUUGUUCCAUUGAGUCGUUAGGUGAAUUUAAGGUGGUAUGGACCGAUCGGUGGUCCACAUUGCUGACAUAUGGGGAUCGUCGAAUCAUCAACGAUGAAAGAAUUUCAGUAGAAAGGCCCCGUCUGAGGGACUGGAAUUUAGUUAUUCGUGAAGUACAAUAUACUGACCAGGGCAAUUAUGUAUGUCAGAUCAACACGUUACCCAUUAAAACAAACUCGGUCCUCCUUCACGUGUUGGUUCCGCCCGAAAUUUUGGACUCUUCAAGUAGUGACAUGACGGCAAAGGAGGGUGACACAGUGACCUUGACCUGUAACGUCACUGGUAUUCCAAGGCCAACCGUGCAAUGGUUUAGGAAACCACACGCGGACAGUCGAGACCAGCAUAAAGAAAGAGUGAAGACGACUACCCACGGUCACUAUGGUAACCAGCAGUCAGAUGACCACUGCUUAUACACAGUCAGUCAUCGAGUUUUUGAAGUAGAGUUGACUUCCGCUCCGAUAGCCCAGGUUAUCGGACAUGAUCCGGUGGUAAAUAAUGGGGUGGGGAUUAACGGUGAGAUCCUGAUCAUUCACAAUGUGUCCAGGUAUUGUGACGGGAUCUAUGAGUGUGUGGCGUUCAAUGACGUCCCCCCGGCCGUCAACCGCGUCAUGAGCGUCAUGGUGGAAUUUCCACCAGAAGUUUGGUUGGACAACAGGCGACUUGGACAGUCUGUUGGAAAGGAGACCAUUUUAGAAUGCAAAGUCACCGCCUUCCCGCAAGCAGUGUCAGCUUGGCGCUUUCAAAGCAACUUUCUCUCCAACUCGCAUAAACACCGUAUUGACAUUUACCAAGAUAAAGGCCAUACCAUUAUUCUUAGUCUGCGAAUCAUGAACAUUACGAAGGAGGAUUUUGGACAGUACUCCUGUUAUGCUAGUAAUGCUUUUGGCGAGGACGAGGAAGCAAUGACCUUAUAUGAGUUCAUCCCUGCAACCAGAGCAAAACCAGUGACCACAACAUCAAUCCCUAGAUUUACGACAACCUUUAGCAAGAGGACCAGGAUAGCAAAGCCCUCAGAAUAUGACGACUUCAUCCCAUUCAAUCCAAACGGAAACGGACAUAACCCGGGUAAUGAUACAUUAAACGACGGACAACAAGUUGGAAUUAAGUGUACCGGCGCCAUUGUUAGAAUUUGUGCACCAUACACCAUGAGCAAAAGCAGCGGCGGGCAAACACAUUUAUUUCACAACGGAAAUUGGAUCAUUUUCAUGAUUGUUUCUUUUAAUUUUGUAAUUGACAUUUUCAGUUUCGUGAAAUUAUGAGAAUAAAGCCCAGUUUGUAUUUUA